AUGGAGGGUGCCGAGCCCCGCGCGCGGCCCGAGCGCCUGGCCGAGGCCGAGGCGCGGGCGCCCGACGGCGGGCGCUUGGUGGAGGUGCAGCUGAGCGGCGGCGCCCCGUGGGGCUUCACCCUAAAGGGCGGCCGCGAGCACGGCGAGCCGCUGGUCAUCACCAAGAUUGAAGAAGGAAGUAAAGCUGCGGCAGUGGACAAGUUACUGGCUGGGGACGAGAUCGUCGGCAUCAACGACAUCGGUCUCUCAGGGUUUAGACAGGAAGCGAUUUGCCUGGUGAAGGGGUCUCAUAAAACCCUGAAGCUGGUAGUGAAAAGGAAGAAUGAGGUGACCUGGAGGCCUCACUCCUGGCAUGCCGCCAAGUUCUCCGAUCGCCACCCUGAGACGUCAGCAUCACUGUUCCCCUCCGCCAGUGCCUGCCCUUCUUGGCACAGCCGACACCACGCCAGUUCUUCGUCUCAUGACCUGUCGGGCACGUGGGAGCACUCGAAUCUGCAGCGGACCUCUGACCAUUUUAGCUCGCUCGGGAGCGUCGACAGCCUGGACCAGCCUUCCCAGCCCUGCCCCUCCGGACGCCUGUCCGCCGCCAAGUCCAACAGCAGCAUUGACCACCUGGGCGGCCAGAGCAAGCGGGACUCGGCUUACGGCUCAUUCUCCACCAGCUCCAGCACGCCUGACCACACGUUGCCCAAGGCCGAUGCCUCCUCUGCAGAGAACAUCCUCUACAAAGUGGGCCUGUGGGAGGCCUCCAAGCCGGACAGCAGCCGGCCGGGCCAGGCUGUCAGCGAUCCUCAGGGCCUCGAGGAGAGGCUCGGGUCGUUCCCGGCCCGGGUCCCCCGUGACGGUAGCAAAAGCCCCAGGCCAGAGGACAGUGCUGAGGCGAAGCUGGCCACCUCCGGGAGGUCAAAUUUUGGGCCCGUCUGGUAUGUCCCUGAUAAGAGAAAAGCACCUUCGUCCCCUCCUCCGCCCCCUCCCCCCCUCCGCAGUGACAGCUUCGCGGCCACCAAGAGCCACGAGAAGGCCCAGGGCCCUCCAUUCUCAGAGGCGGCCAACGUGCAGCACUUUCCGGGCCUGAGCCGCGCCCAGCCCCGCAGUGACUGGAGAGCAGAAGCCGCCGAUCAGCCGUGGAGGCUGGUGCGUCCCAGCGGCGGGAGAAGAGCCGGGAGCUCAGGCUGCACACCGGACAUCCCCCUGGACAGCGGGGUGCUGCCCUCUGACCACAGGGCAGGCGGCCUCCCAGGGGCUCCCGGCCGGCUGCAGGCCUCUCUGUCCGGCACGGAUGUGCGUUUCCCACAGUCCUCCUUCGGCUGCCAGCACGCACGCCAGGACAGUGCCGAGAGCCCCUUCUGUCACGGGGGGGGCCGCCAGGAGCCAUCUGCUGACCGUUUCCAGGAGCACAGUCCCGCUCAGGUCGGGCGGCCCAGCGCCACCAACCAGAAGGGGGACAGCGGUGGGCAGGGCCGCUACGACUGUGUGGUCAGCAGACAGUGCCCUCAGGACGGCACCCAGGCGGCGCAACUCCACCAGCAGGCCUGGCAUCCUGACGUGGCUCCAGGUGCCCACGAAUCCCCUACCCCACAGCCGCUGGGCCAGGAACCCCGGAGUUCCCUGCCGCAGCGCGAGCAGGCCCCGGGCCCCCACGACAGAGCCCGGGCUGACCCGGCGGACCGAGGAGCAGAGAGCCGCCCCGCAGGCAGUGAGGCCGCACCACGAGCCAGCCACGUGGAGAAAAGCGGUCUGAAGAAAACCGCAGAUGGCCUCCUGUGGGCCGACGGAGAGAGCAGCAAGAUCUCUCCUCAAAAGACACCUAUGUUGCACUCACUGGCCCAGGAGGCGCCGCGCCGGCCCGAGAAUGGCCCAGAUGCGGGUACAGAGAGGCCGCCACCAUUUGACGCCCAGGUGGGCAAAGUGACACGGAGGAGCGACCGGUUUGCCACCACCCUGAGGAACGAGAUCCAGAUGCGACGAGCCAAGCUGCAGAAAAGCAAAAGCACGGUGACGCUGACUGCGGCGGGGGAAGCCGAGGAAGAGGCCGGCGGCGGCUGGAGGGUAGAGCGCAGAGGUGCCACCAGCCCCAGCCCAGAAGGGUCCUUCACGGGCACCUACAGAGACCACGUGAAGGAGGCCCAGGCCCGGGUCCUGCGGGCCACGUCGUUUAAGCGCCGUGACUUGGACCCCAGCCCAGCUGAGCAUUAUGCAGGGCCACCAGAGCAGCGGGCUGAGGACCACAGCACAGCUCUGGACCCCGUCGCCCGCGUCUGGGAGGGCGGCCUGGCCAAGCCGCCCCCGUCUGGAGCGGCCGGGCCGCACGUUCCCCGCAUUGGAGGCCGGAAACGGUUCACGCUGGAGCAGAAACUGAAAUCCUACUCUGAACCAGAGAAAAUGAACGAGGUGGGGCUCUCAGGGGAUGAUCGCCCUCACCAGCGCCCCGGGACGUCCGAGGAGACCGUGGGCACGUUCGCCGACAGGUGGAAGUUCUUUGAGGAAACAAGCAAACCCAUUCACCAGAGACCUGGCCAGAGGCAAGCAGUCUGCGCGUUCCCUAAGGAGAAGCUGGAGAGGCCGCCGACAGCGGGCCAUGGGUACGAGAGUGCGCAGCCUUGGCUCCAGAAGAGGGCCCGCACUACCUCCUUUGGAGAAAACCCCAGUGGGCGCAGAAGAGCGGGGAAGGUGGGAAAACUGGAACCGCCUGAGAGACUUGGGACCUUUGCUGAAUAUCAAGCCUCUUGGCGGGAACAGAGGACAGCUCUCGAAGCCAGGAGUUCCGGGAGGUAUCACUCAGCCGACGACAUCUUGGACGCGGGUCUGGAGCAGCACGAGAGGCUGCGGUACAUUCAUGGAAGGUCCCGGUCGUCGCCAUCCACAGACCUCUACACACAGGAAGCUGCCAUCGAACCCCAGCAGCAAGUGGGGGACCCUGGCGAGCACAGAGAACUUUCCUCUGCAGUCUGGGCCGAGGAAGGACAUCCCCGUCCGAGACAAGCAGAUGCCCAGGGUCCAGAAGCCUGUACGACAGCACAGCAGGACUCUCAGAAGCCGUCCCAGCUCUCUAAGCCACCUCCCGCCUGGGAAGCUCCAGAGGUGCCCCAGGAGGCCCGCAGCCGAGCGGGGACCCUACCUCGAGAUUACAGAUACCCAGAGGAAACGCUCGGUCCAGGACCACAUGUGCCGAGCGUCCCCGAGGCCCUGCACACUUGGGGGCAGGACCCGAGGCCCGUGAACACUGCACCGCUCCCCAAGAAGCCAGCCCCACAGAGGCCACCGCCGCCCAAACGUGAACCCAGGCAACUCAAGGGCCUGGCUGGUGGCACACCUGGGGCCGCUCACCUAGGUGCCCCCAGCAGGCCCUUUCCCCCCCAGUCCCCGGAGGCCCUGGAGGCGUGCGUGGACCGCCUGUCCCUGUCCCACAGCCCCUGUGCCUUGGUGGAGAAGCUGAGCAGUGUGCAGCCCGAAGACGGUGUGAGGGCCUCUGGUGAGCACAGCAGGCGGCAUGUAGAUGAGCACACAGCCUGCCCUAAGCGUGAGGCCCAGCUCCCUUCCAAGUUCCGGCCCCUGCAGACGUCCGCCAUGGAGACCUCUCGCUCCCCUUCUCCUCAGUUCGCUCCCCAGAAGCUGACAGACAAACCUCCCCUGCUGAUCCAGGAGGAGAAUUCUGCAAGAAUUGAGCGGGUGAUGGACAACAAUACCACGGUGAAGAUGGUGCCCAUCAAGAUUGUGCACUCGGAGAGCCAGCCUGAGAAGGAGAGCCGCCAGGGCCUGACCCGCACUGCCGAGCUGCCCGCACUACCCAGCGGGCUGGAGAAAGACCAGAUCAAGACGCUCAGCACAUCCGAGCAGUCCUACUCACGCUUCUGCCUGUACAGCCGCCAGGGUGCUGAGCCCGAGCCCGAGCGCCCCAGCGCCCCAGCACCCGGCACCAAGGACAGCGGGGCCUCUCCUUCCGGCCUCAGCUACGUGAAGGCCAAGGAGAGGACAGCCGAAGACCUGAAAUCGGAAGAGCUGGCCCGGGAGAUCGUGGGGAAGGACAGGUCCCUGGCCGAUAUCCUGGACCCCAGUGUGAAGAUCAGAACCACCAUGGACCUCAUGGAGGGCAUCUUCCCCAAAGAUGAGCACCUGCUGGAAGAAGCUCAGCAGCGCCGGAAGCUGCUCCCCAAAGUCCCGUCUCCGAGAAGCAUGGAGGAGAAGAGAGAGGAGCUGGCCGUGCCGGUGGCCGUGUCCCUCGCUACCAACUCGACCUACUACAGCACGUCGGCCCCCAAGGCAGAGCUGCUGAUUAAGAUGAAGGACCUACAGCAGCAGCAGGACCCAGAGGACGACUCGGGGAGUGACUUGGACCACGACCUGUCGGUGAAGAAGCAGGAGCUCAUCGAGAGCAUCAGUCGCAAGCUGCAGGUGCUUCGGGAGGCCCGAGAGAGCCUGCUGGAGGACAUCCAGGCCAACAGUGCACUUGGGGACGAGGUGGAGGCCAUUGCCAAAGAUGUCUGCAAACCCAACGAGUUUGACAAGUUCCGCAUGUUCAUUGGGGACCUGGACAAAGUGGUGAACCUUCUGCUGUCGCUGUCCGGCCGCCUGGCCCGCGUGGAAAAUGCCCUCAAUAAUUUGGAUGACAGUACUUCUCCUGGUGACCGGCAGUCGCUGCUCGAGAAGCAGCGGGUGCUCAUCCAACAGCACGAGGACGCCAAGGAACUGAAGGAGAACCUGGACCGCCGGGAGCGCAUCGUGUUCGACAUCCUGGCCAGCUACCUCAGCGACGAGAGCCUGGCAGACUACGAGCAUUUUGUGAAGAUGAAGUCCGCCCUCAUCAUCGAGCAGCGGGAACUGGAAGAUAAGAUACACCUGGGCGAAGAGCAGCUCAAGUGCUUGUUCGACAGCCUUCAGCCCGAAAGAGGCAAAUAA